CGCUCGCUGGCUCUGGGAUGGAUUUGCCGCGGCCCAGCUGCGACUCCGGGCUAGCCACCAUCUUAGAGGAGAGGAGCGGGCCGCGCACCGGGACGGAGGGGUCUUGGGGCCGGGCCCUGCCGCACACAGUGUCUCUCUAGAAGUGCAGCAUUGUGCCUGUUCCCGAAUGUGUAAGGCUACCACAGUUAUGAGGGUGAGGAGUACUUCCGGAGACUGUGCUGGACUUGAUCUCACCACUGCUGUGUAGUUGUCUACCCCGCUGCAAGCUGAUUUCUUUUGAUCUCCUAUUAAGAAGGAUUGGACAGAUCCUGGGAACCAGCUCCACUGUUAUUUAUAUACAGAACAUUUUGAUGUCAUGGAGGUACUGUUUUCAAAAGGCCUGCACGUAACUGGCUGAAAAAAAAUGGUUCCACAAGAUGACAAUCUCAGCCCUAAUAUGGUCUAAAUGGAGACAGCUUUCAUCUUGACAAUGGCAGCUUGAAGUCUAUUAAAGUCCAAGCAUUUAUUUUGUUUUUAAAAAUUACUGUGCAGGUUACAAAUGGUGUGGGUUUUUAUCAUGAACCGAAUGAGCUCCCAAAGCAGUUCCUCCACUCAGCGUAAGCGAAUGGCUCUUGGAAUUGUCAUUCUUCUACUUGUUGAUGUGAUAUGGGUUGCAUCCUCAGAACUCACUUCAUACGUUUUUUCGAAGUACGAGAAACCUUUUUUCAGUACCUUUGCAAAAACGUCCAUGUUUGUUCUAUACCUCUUGGGAUUUAUUGUUUGGAAACCAUGGAGGCAACAGUGUACACGUGGGUUUCGUGGAAGGCACGCAGCUUUUUUUGCAGAUGCUGAAGGUUAUUUUGCUGCUUGUACAACAGAUCACACUGUAAACAGUUCUUUGAGUGAACCUUUGUAUGUUCCUGUAAAGUUUCAUGACUUACCAAGUGAAAAGAAUGGCAGUGCUAACAGUGAUACUGAAAAAACUCCCAAAAAGCCUCGUGUAAGGUUCAGUAAUGUUAUGGAGAUUCGACAACUCCCAUCGAGCCAUGCACUGGAAGCAAAGUUGUCUCGCAUGUCAUAUCCAACUGUUAAGGAGCAGGAAUCAAUAUUAAAAACUGUAGGGAAACUCACUGCAACUCAAGUAGCAAAAAUCAGCUUUUUCUUUUGCUUUGUGUGGUUUUUGGCAAACUUCUCUUAUCAAGAAGCACUCUUAAAUGCACAAGUUGCCAUAGUUAAUAUCCUAUCUUCAACCUCUGGACUUUUUACCUUAAUCUUAGCUGCGGUGUUUCCAAGCAACAGUGGAGACCGGUUUACCCUUUCCAAACUGUUAGCUGUUGUUUUAAGCAUUGGCGGUGUAGUUCUUGUUAAUCUCUCUGGGUCUGAGAAAUCUCCAGGAAGAGGUACAAUAGGUUCCCUGUGGUCUCUUGUAGGAGCAGUGCUGUAUGCUGUCUAUAUAGUUAUGAUAAAAAGAAAAGUAGACAGAGAAGAUAAGCUUGAUAUACCAAUGUUCUUUGGUUUUGUAGGCCUCUUUAAUCUGCUGCUGCUUUGGCCAGGUUUCUUCCUACUUCAUUAUACUGGAUUCGAGGCCUUUGAAUUUCCCAAUAAAUUGGUAUUGAUGUGCAUUGUCAUUAAUGGCCUUAUUGGAACAGUUCUGUCAGAAUUCCUCUGGCUGUGGGGCUGCUUUCUUACCUCAUCACUGAUAGGCACACUUGCGCUAAGCCUUACAAUACCUCUGUCCAUAAUAGCUGACAUGUGCAUGCAGAAGGUGCAGUUUUCCUGGUUAUUUUUUGCAGGGGCAAUCCAUGUAUUUUUCUCAUUUUUCAUUGCAACUUGCUUAUGCCAUUACAACAACUGGGAUCCAGUGAUGGUAGGAAUCAGAAGAAUUUUUGCCUUUAUCUGCAGAAAGCAUCGAAUUCAGAGAAUGCCAGAGGAAAGUGAACAGUGUGAAAGCCUCAUCCCUAUGCAUAGUGUUUCUCAAGAAGGAGAAAGCUGCUGUUCAUAGGCAAUAGUUUAAAGAUGGAUUCAUACUCAGCAAAGAGACAAUCUCCUGGAAAGUCCAUAAGGAACCAUAUUUCAGUGCCUAUUCUACAUUUGGAAAAAACGUUUCAGUUCUUUUGAAACUCCUAAACUUUUAUUUUCCCAUAAUUGCCUGUCUUCAUCUAGUUCUAUCAACGAACAACUUCACUAUGUGCAUAUCACUACAACUAUAGGAAAUCCCAGUCCAUCUAAACUACCAACCUGCCUUAUAGAACUCAACUUGAAAUUACUUGACAUAAUCAAGAAAGCAAAUGCUGGUCUGGUGAUUUAUUUUUUGUUUUUGUCUUCACAUUUUUGUUAAAUGCUGGACAACAAGUUGUUCAAAAAUUACUUUAAAAAAUGAAUACGUUAAUAAGUCUGCAGGUUGUCAUUUCUUACAGGCUUUCAGAUUGAAAAAGCUAAAUAUGUAGGUUACUUGUAAUAGGUACGGAUUAACAUUUUUGUUCUAUAAAGUCUAUUUGCAUAUUAACACAUAAAAUUAGAAAAAUAUCUUAAUUUAUUAAAUAAGUACAUUCUUGCAACUGUCGGAGCAAGACAUAUGCAGGUUUCUGGAACACUGCGUAUAUUGCUUUAUCCCAUUUUAAAAAACUUUGUAAUAGGAAAGGGUGCUUUGUGUUUAAAAAUCUGUUAUGACCUAACAAUCUGAAACUUUUAAAGAAGUGUUAGUAUAAAAAGGUUAUUGUAUUUUUAAAUUUGGCUGGACAAGCACUUGAUGUAAACGUUCAUAAUUCAGAAUCAGUCUCUUUUUGAAAACUUAAUAGUCAAAAUUAUUUAAUAUGUAAAAUUGUAAAUAAUUCCAAGAUGCCAUGUGCGCAGCUGCUUAUUUGAGGGGGGAAAACAUCAAGUAGAAUUCUAAAUUUUGUAGUUACUAUCUUGUCUCAACUGAAAUCUUCCAAGCAAUUUUAAAGCUAGAGAUAAUCAAGUUGACUUCAUUUUCCUAAUGAAAUUAUUGUGUAAUGGCUAACUUUCACUGUGACCUGAGUUUUCUUCCCUACUGCAAUGCUGCUGUUCUGUUUGAUGCUGCAAGGUAAUGAAUUAAUAAAUAUAUUCACAAGAAUCCUGCCAAUAGUCAUUGCCCUCUUCAAAAAGUAAAAUUUAGUAACUUUGGCCCAGGGGUAUUAUUUAGUAAUUCAUUUUGUCUUUUAGUGAAUUGUAAUGCUUAUAAAGAGUACAGAUGGACUUUCAGUCAAGGUGACUAAAUCCUCCAGAUACCUACAAAACCUACAGUAACAUUGCAAGCUUUCUCCUGCUGCUCUGCAAUUUGUCUCAACCCUGUUCUGGAGGAACUGACAUUUUUCUAGGGAUAAAUGUCCAUUCAGUCUUUGAUCUCUAUAUUACUCCCACCAAUAAGGAUACUAAUUGUGGAAAUGGUGGUGGUGAUUUGGUGAUGUAAAGAAAAAACUAGUCUAACUAGACUAAACAUUUAUCCAAGUCUGUGGUCUUAAUAUAGAAGGAUUAGAUUUUAAUUUAUUCAACCCCCAAAUCAGUAGAUGUAGGGAGAAGUCCAUUGUUAAUUGAAAUUUAUGGAGGGUAAGUUAAAACAUAGGCUAUUGCACUUGCAGGCAAAUAUUUAUUUCUUUGUUCAUUUUUAUCAAAUACAAAUAUUUUUCUGAAUUUUAUAUCAACGAUUGGUCACUAAACUAUGAACAAAAUUUAUCUGAGGCCAACCUUUUUCAAAGUAGGGGCAUGAAGAUAGGACCUGAGGUUGGGAUUUUCAAAAGAUUUAUAAGCACAGUCCCAUUUGAAGUCACUUAGAUACUUUCAAAAAUCCCAUUUUUUUUGGUCUCAAGUCCAUAUUUAGUCACCUGUCCUUUAUACUCCUAUUUUUGAACACUUAAGCCAGAGUUCCUGAUCUCUUGCAGAAAUGGAGGUCAAUAAAAAUUGGAAAGAAAUACUGAUGAUGUACAUCAAACUGAAUGAAAAAUAACGUUCAGUUCUACCAAACUGCAUUAGUUUUAAACGAUCUUAACUAAAAGUGAAUGUCUCUGUCUGUCGAUUACUUCAGCCGUCAAGUACCCAUGAGAAGACAGGAACUUUAAAUGCCGCAGUUGAACUAUUUUUAUAUCUGAUCUUGGGUAUAAUUUUUUGGCUGUUUGGCAAGAGGAGAAUUCUCCUGAUAAGGUUAAAAAUGGUUUUUAGGAAGCAAGGUAACUCCGGAGAAUUUAAGCAGAAUCCUUACUAAGAAAAGCCAUUAAUUAAGGCAUAGUGGCAAUGGAAUGCAAAUAUUUGUUCCCUUAAAUAAUUAUUACAUCUUCAAUUAAUAUUUGGCUUCUGUCAAGUUUGCGUAAUUAAUGCUCAACACUAAAUCAUGUUCUCUGUAGUAGCGAGAAGGGUAAGGAUUGUGGCAUCUGCAGAGAUAAGCCUAGCAAAGCUAAUUUUGCUUUCCAACAGGCAUAUUGCCCUGUUUUCAGAAGAAAACUAAGGUUCACUUUUGAAAUCGAUUGCCCAUGACCCAUAGUUGUUGUAGUACUGGGCUGUAACAUAUAACUGUGGACCAGAAUCCUUAUUUAACAUUACAAAACAUGACAAAGAUGUGUGAUCUAUCAUCAAAUCCUUGGUUAGUUUAUAGAGUUUUACAUAGCAGUUUUAAAUUGUGUAGAGAAAUACAUUGUGCUGGAAAAAAUGAACAUUAAUACAUAGGAGAACAUCUUAUCUCUAUGCCUCCGAAGGACAUUCAAAUAACUAUAUGUGUAAACAAUUCAGAUGCUGGGACCUCCUCACUAAUUUUCCAAAAAAUAUAUAUAUAUAUAUUUAUAUUUAUAUAUAUAAAUAAAUAUUUUGAGAAAUCAGA